AUGGAGGAGGCCAUAGUUAUGAUUGUUGGCGCAGGUCCAGCGGGCCUUGCGACGGCAGCCUGUCUUAGCAAAUUCUCCAUCCCCUAUGUCCUUGUUGAGCGUGAGAAUUGCAGCGCACCAGUAUGGCGCAAGCACACAUAUGAUCGUCUCAAACUACAUCUUGCUAAGGAGUUUUGUGAGUUGCCACACAUGUCUUACCCAAUAGAUGCCCCAACAUACAUACCGAAAAAUGCUUUUGUGAGAUACUUGGAUGGCUACAUUGAAUGUUUUAAUAUUCAACCAAGAUAUCUCACUGUUGUUGAGUCAUCCACCUAUGACAUGGAUGAAAAAUGUUGGACCGUUAUAGCGCGUGACAUGGCAAAAUCAACAAUAGUCCAUUACAUGGCAAAAUUUCUUGUUGUGGCAAGUGGUGCAAAUAGUGCAGAGAAUAUUCCAAUGGUAUCUGGACUAGAAAGCUUUCCAGGUGUGAUCAUGCACUCAUCAAGUUACAAGUCAGGUGUCGUCUACUCUGGAAGGAACAUGUUGGUCGUUGGAUCUGGCAAUUCCGGGAUGGAGAUUGCUUACGACCUUGCGUCUCAUGGUGCCAAUACUUCUAUAGUUAUACGGAGUCCGAUUCAUGUAAUGACAAAAGAAUUAAUCCGUUUAGGGAUGUCAUUGGUUCAUCAUUUCCCACUAAUGAUGGUAGAUGUUCUCAUUGUAAUGAUGGCCAAUUUCAUAUUCGGGGACCUAUCUAGCUAUGGUAUCAAAAGGCCAAAAAAGGGUCCAUUUGUCCUCAAGUCGGAAACCGGCCGAUCUCCGGUGAUUGAUGUUGGCACAGUUGGUUUAAUCAAGAAAGGAAAUAUUAAGGUUCGGGAAAGGAUUACUGAGAUCAAAGGCAAAAUUAUUGAAUUUCAAGGUGGGGACAAAGGCUCCUUCGAUGGAAUCGUGUUUGCAACAGGAUACAAAAGCACAGCAAACAUGUGGCUUAAGAAUGGCGAGGACAUGUUGAAUAGCGAGGGAUUGCCAAAGAAUGAAUUCCCUAAUCACUGGAAAGGUGGAAACACGCUCUAUUGUGCUGGCUUAGGAAGGAUGGGAUUAGCUGGUAUUUCCAUGGAUGCCAAGAACAUCGCCAAGGACAUUAAAUGUAAGAUAGACUCUAUGUCUAUCUAA